AGAUCCCUGUCCGGGUAUGGUGGAGUGGGCAGGCGAUAUUAAGAGAGGGUUAAUAUAAUAGAUACAGGCGCCUGACUGAGGCUUUUGCUGGCAGGCUGGUCAGACAAGAGGCAAUGUCUCUGAGUCUGUCCUUAUUUUUCGCCGUUGUUCGGCGAAGGAGGGGAGGGGUGUUUCCCCAAAAGCAAGGCUGUCAACGGCGCGGUUCGUUCAAGCAUUCAAGCGUCGCAACUCUGCUUUUCUUUUGUUCGGGCUCUGCCGUCAAGUGUCAUGACUCUCCUGGGAACCAAGACGCGCCAGAGCAGGCACAUGCCGGGUUCGAGUCGGUCGGGGAGACACCUCGCUGCUCACUGCUCACUGAGAGAGAGGGAAAGUUGAAAAGAGGGGUGUGGAUGGAAGAAAACGUAGACCGAGGAGGCAAGAAACUAAAGGGGUCCUUUUCCUGGACCAAGUGUAAGGAAGAGGAAGGUAAUUGAGCCGGUCGGUCAAGAUGCCUGAUUCCAUGGUAUAUCGAAUGCGUGCUCACGACUCGCGAUGCUUGCGGUUGCAUCUCUCUGCUCUCAAAGCCUCACUGCGCAUGAUUAGACUCAUAUGGAGAUCCGUUAUGACUUACAUACAUGGGCGCUAGUGACCCUAUGGGCCAGAGGUAAUCUCCUGA